AUGCCGAGCGGUUUCGGUGAGCUGCCUGAGGUGGUCGCGUUCUUUCAAUUGGCUGGCGAGAAAGUAGAUGCUCCUUUUACCCUUACAAAACUGCACGCUUCAAUAUGGGUUCGCGCCAGUUGCUUGGGUUUUAUAAUACUCCUGCUGGGGGUAGCAAUUACACUGCAAUCUGCCGAUGCCGAGAAACUUCAGUUUGACCGCGAUAUCCGACCAAUCUUGUCGGAUAAAUGCUAUGCGUGCCACGGUCCCGAUCCGGCAGUACGGCAAGCCAAUUUACGGUUUGAUAUCAAAGAAGGCGCGUUCUCUGCACCGAGCGGUUACCCGAUCAUCGUUCCGGGUGAACCCGAAAAUAGCGAACUCGUCCUCCGUAUAACACACAAGAAUAUUGACGAGCGAAUGCCGCCGCAGAUAUCCAAUCGGCAGCCAACGCAGGAACAGAUUGAUACCCUCAUCCAGUGGAUCGCCGAAGGUGCCGAAUGGGAGGAACACUGGGUUUACAAUCUACCUAAGCAGGUUGAACCCCCUACUGUCACAGAUACCGCGUGGAUCCGUAAUCCUAUUGACGCGUUGAUACUUGGGAAAUUGGAGGCAGAAGGUCUUGCACCAUCAGCAGAAGCGGACAAACAGACGCUCAUCCGUCGUUUGAACUUCGACCUGACUGGGCUGCUGCCGACACCUGCUGAAGUGGAACAGUUCUUAAGGGAUGAAAGCCCUGAUGCUUAUGAAUCACUUGUCAAUAGGCUUCUGUCUAAACCGCAGUAUGGUGAGCAGUUGGGAAUGUACUGGCUCGAUCUCGUGCGCUAUGCGGAUACAAGCGGUUACCAUGCUGACGAAAACGUGAGUGUGUGGCCCUAUCGGGACUAUGUCAUAAAAGCGUUUAAUGACAAUAUGCCGUUUGAUCGGUUCACGGUCGAAAAUCUCGCUGGCGAUCUUCUGCCGAACGCUACGCCUGCACAGAAGGUGGCUUCCGGUUAUAACCGUCUGAAUCAGACAACCUCAGAGGGUGGCGCACAAGCGAAGGAGUAUCUCGCUAUCUAUGCCGCAGACCGGGUACGGACGACUGCAUCUGUCUGGUUAGGUGCGACCCUCGGCUGUGCACAGUGUCACGACCACAAGUUUGACCCCUUCACAGCAAAGGAUUUUUACAGUUUUGCAGCGUUCUUCGCUGAUGUUAAGGGACCUGGGGUAUACGGCGGCGGUAGUAAAUGGGAACCAGUCGUUAUGCUACCUACACCGGCACAGGAGUCUGGGUUACGUGAGAUUGACGACGAAUUAGCGAAAUUGGAGCAAAUAUUCAAAGCAUCUUCUCCCGGAUUGGAAGCAGAGCAGACGGAAUGGGAGCACGAGAUUCGUGCGCUCCUCGAAUCAACAGAUCCUGCUGAUUUCGCAUGGGUGGACGAUGCACAGGCGAACGGUGGUAGGACUGAAGGCACAUGGACGUUUGUCGGCAAAAAUGAAGCACCUGUUUUCAGUAAACUGUUAUCACGUCGCCAGACAGCGGCAGCUGAAAAGACCGUCCAGCACGCUUUCCGAGGUGCCAAUCGGAAAUUUACUCUCGCCGAAGGCGAUCAACUGUUUGCUUAUGUCUGGAUUGAUCCUGAAAAUUCCCCAAAAACAGUCAUGCUCCAAUGGAACGACGGAAAUUGGGAUCACCGCGCCUUUUGGGGUGAAGACAAAAUUGAGUCCGGAGGGAUUGGCAAUGACACACCUGCUCACAAACCGAUGGGGCCCCUACCAGCAGCUGGCGAGUGGGUCCGACUUGAAGUAGAUCCAGCAGAUGUCGGGUUGAAGCCGGGCAGUGUGCUUAACGGGAUGGCCUUCGCACAGUCUGGUGGUACUGCUUAUUGGGAUGUUGCGGGCAUUGCGACGACGCGUGGGUCUGCAGUGAAACACACGCAUACGCCACAGGUGAUUGCAGCAAUUCAGGUAGAUGCUUUUGUUAGAACAACAAGCCAGCGUGAACAGAUUGCAGCGGAGUAUCGCCGUAUCACGCCUGCACUUGACGGUCUCCGAAACCAGAUGGCGGAGUUGCGGAAGCAGAAAACCGAGAUCGAAAAGCAGAUUCCCUACUCGCUCACGACUGAAUCCACGCUACCCCGCACAACGCGCGUGCUACCACGAGGCAACUGGUUGGACGAUUCUGGUGAAAUCGUCGAACCGAUGAUACCGACGUUCCUUGGGGACCUCGGUAUCAAAAACCGCCGUCCAACCCGAUUGGAACUCGCGCGGUGGGUCGUUUCAAAAGAGAAUCCAUUGACGGCGCGUGCCUUUGUGAAUCGCCUUUGGGCACUCUAUUUUGGAACAGGACUAUCCCGUGUCUUAGAUGACCUCGGCGCACAAGGUGAACCUCCGGUCCAUCCUGAGCUUCUUGACUGGCUUGCCGUGGAAUUUAUGGAGAGCGGUUGGAACGUCAAACAUAUCGUGAAAUUUAUCGUCACCUCAAACACUUACCGUCAGUCCUCGAAAGCGACGGAGGUGUUGCGCGAAAAGGAUGCCUACAAUCGCUUAGUCGCACGCCAAUCAAGUUGGCGACUCAAUGCAGAGACCGUCCGCGACAACGCACUCCUAUUAAGUGGACUCCUUGUCCCCAAGAUUGGCGGUCCGAGUGUCCGACCUUACCAGCCAAAGGGUUAUUACUCAAAUCUAAACUUCCCGAAGCGUACCUACAUGCACGACAAGGGAGAAAGCCAGUAUCGCCGCGGGCUCUACACACAUUGGCAGCGCACUUUCUUGCAUCCGAGCAUGAUGGCGUUUGAUGCCCCGAGCCGUCAGGAAUGCACCGCCGAGCGUACAACCUCGAAUACACCGAUGCAGGCAUUGACCCUACUCAACGAUCCAACUUACGUUGAGGCAGCACGUGUCUUUGCGACACGAAUUAUCCGAGAGGGCGGUGAAUCCAUCCCAGAGCGUAUCAACUGGGCGUACCAAUGGGCGUUGUCUCGGAUGCCGCAGCCGAAGGAGUUAGAGAUUAUGACAAAUCUCUAUGAAAAGCAUCAAGCCGAGUAUACUGCUAAUCUUGAUGCUGUUGGCGCGUUGGUUGCAGCCGGCGAGGCACCCGCAAUAGAAGGGAAUCCGACAAUGGUGCCGGAGUUGGCUACUGAUGCAAUCAAAGAAAAAAGGUUGCUUGACGAGGCGGAUCAAACUGUUGAGCAACUCAAAGAGGAUAUUUUGACGGAACUCGGCGGAGAACCGUUAUCCUCGGAUGAACCUUUCUUAGAUGGGUUCACCCUUGGACAAUACCUCGAGUUAUCUGAGGCGGAGCGAGCGAAACUUUGGGACGAAUGGAAUGAAGUAGCACUUGAAGACAUAGAAGAAGUGGAGGUUCGUCCGAAUGCGCUGCCUGCUUGA